UGCUUUUGAUAGCAGCAAUUGCUCCAAAAUAAAAUAAGUGCCUUAUAUCAGCAAGCUUCAAAAAUAAAUAACUAAAAAGUUUUAAGUUAUAUUAAUAACAAACUUAAAAAUAUGUCUGCAAAAAAACGCCCGUGCUCUGAAACUGCGAUGGAGGAGGAGGUUGUAAAUGGAAUUGAAGGCAAAUCAAAACAACGACCCCCCAAAAGAAAGAGAGUAAAUGACGCAGAGAUCAGAAAAGUUGCUAUUCCUGCUCAUCGAUAUACUCCUUUAAAAGAAAAUUGGUUGAACAUUUUUACACCAAUUGUCACACAUCUCAAGGUAAAUGUUAGAUGUAAUGUGAAAACAAGGAACGUGGAGAUUAAGCUGAAUGAAGAUACUCCAGAUAUUGCCAAUCUUCAAAAAGCAGCUGAUUUUGUGAAAGCAUUUAUGUAUGGUUUUGAAGUUGCGGAUGCACUAGCUUUAUUACGUUUGGAUGAUUUAUUCAUUGAAACAUUUGAUAUUAAUGAUGUCAAACCUUUGUUGAAAGGCGAUCAUUUAUCUAGAGCUAUUGGUAGAUUAGCUGGAAAAAUGGGACGAACGAAGUUCACCAUUGAAAACACCACAAAAACAAGAAUCGUUUUGGCAGAUUCUAAAAUUCAUAUUUUAGGAUCUUUCCAAAAUAUUGCAAUAGCUAGAAGAUCAAUUUGUAAUUUGAUUUUAGGAACUCCUCCAGCUAAAGUUUAUGGACAGCUUAGAAAUAUUAGUAGUAGAAUGGUAGAAAAAUUCUAAA